GAAAUCUUUAAGAGGCCUAUCCGUACUUUUCCGAAAGGCGAAGAAUGAAAGAGUUGUACGAACUAUGAACAAUUGAAAAAAAAAAGAAAAGAAAAACUAAUAAACGAGUCAGGCAAGUCGCAAGCGCAGGCUCAGCUUUUCAUGCUCAUGCUCCCGAGAGAAGAUCAGAGUCUCCCGCCACACAUCCUUGCACAUGGAGUUGCCGGAAAUCGUUCAAUUUGCUAGGAACUUCGCCGUCAUGGUUAGGAUCCAGGGCCCGGACCCAAAGGGUCUGAAGAUGCGGGGGCAUGCUUUCCACCAAUAUCAGUCUGGCAUCACUACCCUUUCGGCAUCUGGAAUGUUGUUGCCGAAUUCCUUUAGCGAGUUUUCAAUCUUUAAGCAUGCCCUGGGUGGUAUUUACCGGAAAUCUUCGUCUGGGUUGGCGCUGGUUGUUACUGUUGCAUCAAUCAUGGAGCCUUUCCUAUCUUUACAGUAUCGAGAGAGCGCUGCGCAGGCUCCCCCUGAGUUGAUUCCUGGUGCUCAGAUUGAUGUUAUGGUAGAGACAAAGGUGGGCGAAAAUCUUGGUGAAACGGACAAGGGAACUCCUCUUUGGCUCCGGUCAGAACUUUUAGCACUGAUUGGUGUCCCUGCAUCUUCCCUUGCUCUCCAGUCACUAAUUGAAGCUCCUACUGGCUCACCUGAGAAUAAUUCAUGGGAAGUUGGUUGGUCCUUGGCAUUUUCAAAUGGUGAUUCUGAAGCUAUUGUGGACGCCCUUCAAAAACAGGUCAAGCAUGAUAUUGGAUCCUCAUUUGAGGCUCUUGGAUUGCGAGAAUUAAGAAAUCCAACUCGUAUGGCCACCUCAGCCACUAGAAUUGCUUUUCUUGGAGUUCACUCAAUAACAUCUGAGGAUUUGCCAAAUAUGGUUAUAUCACCACCAAGUAAGAGGGGGGAUCUUCUUCUGGCAAUGGGCUCUCCUUUUGGGAUCCUAUCACCGGUUCAUUUCUUGAAUAGCAUAUCUGCAGGAUCUGUUGCAAACUGCUAUCCACCCAAUACAUAUAAUAGCUCAUUGCUGAUGGCUGACAUUCGGUGCCUUCCUGGAAUGGAAGGUGCUCCUGUUUUUGGUGAACAUGCAAAUCUUAUAGGUAUCCUAACAAGACCCUUGAGACAAAGAGCUGGUAGUGCGGAAAUUCAGCUGGUGAUUCCAUGGGAAGCUGUGGUUACUGCUAUGAGUGACUCACUGCCAAAUCAACCUCAAAAGAUGAAGGGGAUUAUACAUUACAAGGAAGAUGGAGAUGUUGUGGGGAAGGGAUGUUCAACUAACAGUUGUGACACCAGUGGAUUUUUUAACCCUAUUUAUGAACAUCGGUAUUCUCAUUGCUCUCCACCAGUGCCAGUUGAGAAGGCGAUGCCUUCUAUUGCUCUUAUUACCAUAGAUGAUGGGGCUUGGGCGUCAGGUGUCUUGCUAAACAAUCAUGGACUGAUACUCACAAAUGCUCAUCUUUUGGAGCCAUGGAGAUUUGCUAAAAGAUCUGUUAGGGGUCAUAAAGAUGGAAACCCAUCAGCAGCACUGCUUAUGUCCUCUAACAGAUCGAUGGCUACUUGGCAUGAAAAUUGUGAUGGGCUGGAGACAGUGAAGAUUUCAGAUGCUUCUGUGGGUGACAAGUAUAGUGAAUAUAAGUUGAGUUCAAUUUACAAGAGGUAUAGAAGAAUACGUGCCCGCCUGGAUCAUAUGGACACAUGGAUGUGGUGUGAUGCUAGGGUAGUGUAUGUUUCUAAAGGACCCUUAGACAUUGCCUUGCUGCAGCUGGAGUCUGUUCCAACUCAACUAUGCCCUAUGGUUCCAGACUUUACAUGCCCAUCUCCAGGAUCAGAAGCACAUGUUAUUGGACAUGGACUCUUUGGACCACGGUGUGACAUCUAUCCAUCUGUUUGCUCUGGUGUAGUUGCACGGGUUGUCAAAGCAGAGAUUCCUCUCCAUUCCUGUGAAUCAAAUCUACCAAACAGCAUAGCAACAAUGCACCAUAAUGCACCAAAAGAGGUACCAGUUAUGCUUGAAACUACUGCCUCUGUGCAUCCUGGUGGUAGUGGUGGUGCUGUUGUCAAUUCAGAUGGUCAUAUGAUUGGACUUGUAACAAGCAAUGCAAGGCACAGUGGAGGAACAGUCAUACCCCACCUAAACUUCAGCAUACCAUGUGCAGCUCUUGAGCCCAUCUUCAAGUUCUCAAAGGACAUGCAGGAUUUAUCAAUCUUAGAGAAUCUGGAUAAACCAAACGAAAAUCUUUCUGCUGUAUGGGCAUUGAUGCCACCUCUCUCUCCCAAGGUGAGGCCCCAAUUUCCUCAUCUGCCAGAAUUUCAGCCACCAGAGAACAAGGGAGGAAAGGGUUCUCGUUUUGCCAAGUUUCUUGCUGAACAACGCACCGAGGCUUUUCCAAGGCCGAAUAAGCUUGUCAGAGUAGAAAAGGUUUCUAAUAAGCUUCUUCCUAGCAAAUUAUGACCCUACAGAAAUCUCCUAUAAUCAAGCCAAAUCUCGUGCUUACUGGGAACUGGGAACCGCAGAGGGCACUUGAUACCAGGGACCGAGCUCUACCACCCAGCUUAUACCAUGACAGGCUUCAUUCUCUCUGAACUGAACUCUUCUACAACCAAAGUGAUCAUUACUAGGGAACUUGGUGUUUAAUGGAGAUAAAAUUUGUUGUAACUUUUGAUAUUUAUCAAGAAGAAAAAUAAAAACAAAAUGCAAGUUGAUAUGUAUUAGAUUGUUUCUCUA